AAAAUGCGCCUCUCGAAAACAGGAAGUGAAUUGGCAUCAAUGCUGUCCUGAGUUGCCUGUCUCAGAGCACGGAACAGCGCAAAUCAGUUGUCUCAACAAGAGUAAAAUGCGGUUUACAGACUUUAUUAUCUUAGCAGUGUACAUAGGCCUUUCAAAAGCACUGCAGCCUGACGGACUUGGCUUGCCUGUAGCGGAGUGGAGACAACGCGUGUCUCUGUCAGAGUUGAGCCUUUCAGCAACUGGCUUUUCUGACUCCUUCCCUUUGUCGAUAGACGACAGCCAUUGUCAAGCUUUGUCCGAAAACCUCACCCAGAAAUGCAACGCAUUUGUGAACUGUACUUUGAGAUAUGCCCAGCCAGUCGGGGUCUGUUUGAAUUGUUACAAGGAGUUUUAUGACUACAAAUCCUUGUACCGCAUCAUCUCUUUACCGGAUAAAGGAUCUACAGACAACUGCAGUCAAAUCCUUCUAAAGUCAGAUCGGCUGCAGGUUUUUGUGGUCUUUAAUGAUUUUUUUCAUAAGCUCUGGGAAGAAUCUGAGUGUGAAAAUUGUGUAAGUGACACCGUGAUAAAGAAUGAUACCCUUUACUUUUUGAAUGUUCUUCAGAUUACGAAGAGCUGCUUUGAUACUUAUCAGCAGCCAGGCAAUUAUUGUGAUGUUUGUAAGCAAUGCAAAGAAAAUUACAGCCAUCUGAAUGAAGUAUACAACAAGAUGGGUAAAAAUUCCAGUCUUUGCAUAGACAUUGAAGAUAUGAUGAAUAUGACCCGCAAAAUGUGGAGCAAGACCUUUAAUUGUUCAUUCUCUCGACUGGAGGCAGUCCCUGUCAUUGCAGUAUCCAGCUUCAUGCUUUUUCUUCCCAUCAUCUUCUACUUGAGCAGCUUCCUUCACUCGGAACAAAAGAAACGCAAACUAAUACUCCCUAAACGUGCUGCAUCAAGUAGUAAUCUGAUGAAUAUUCAAGAGAAGAAGAGCUGAGCACAAUCUCCAUUGAUGGGACAAGACGAGCUAAACUACAUGAAGCAUAUUUGAAGGGGUUACUUAUGGAAGAAACAGGUUUUUGGCUUCCUAGUCUGUGAAGAGCUGAGAAAGCAGGAAACUGGGCUAGAUGGGAAGUAAAUGAAAUGCCUUUUUAUGUACUGAACAAGCUGAAAAUUGAUUCUGUACUGAUGAGAAAGCAAGAAACAUGAGCCCAUUCAUGUUAUUUUGUAUUGAUUUAUAUUAGCAGUUUUUUGGUUUGGUUUUAUCCCAUAAAAUUAAGUAAUCUUGGCAAAGUAAAGAAAGUGUGAAGUGUGUAAGAAGUAAUGGGUCUUAGAAGACUAAAACACAACUUAUUCUUAAAAAAUACUAUGAAAUGACACCAAUAAAAUCUUUUUUUAAAUGUAUUUUUCAGUUCUUCAUUAAUCAAGUUAUUUUCCAGUUAUGGAAACUACAAUUCUGUGUCUUUUUUUUUAUUUAAGAUUAUGUUUAUUUAAAUCAUUACAUAUGUAUACAGAUAUUUAAAAACUUAAUUAUUGCUUCACUUGUUUUUACUUAUAUAUUGCUGUUCAGUAUUUAAAUUAAAGUUAGUAGAUUUUAAUUUUUAAGUUGGUGUAAAAGGCGCAUUGCAAUAAGUGUCCCCUUUAUAAUGUUUUCUUAUGUAAGUACACACAUUUGUUUUAUGGUCUCUGUAGUGUUUUUUUUUCUUUCUCCUUGAGCAUGGAAAAGGCACUAUAUAAAGAAAAUGUAUUAUUAUUAGUUUAUAAAGUUGUUAAUUUAACACAUAAUAAUUGAUCAAACAUUAAGUAAUAGCAUAAUUUACAUCCCCACCCCUUCUAGAAAGUUAUGAGACUGCAUAGCUUAAUAUCUAUGAGUAACAACUACAUACUGUAUUAAGUUUCUAAAUGGUUAACAGAGGCUAAGCAUACUCACAUAAGGAGACCUUUAAUAAAUUCCUGCCAAAUUCUAAACAAGCUUUGGUCAGUUCUUGAGAUGAAAAUCUUAAAUUUGUUUAAAAUUCAAAGAGAAUAGGACAUCCAUUAUCCCAGUGGUCCCCAACCUUUUUGACAGCAAGGACCACUUUAUUAGAUGCAAAUUUUUCCACGGACCGGUUGGGGGU